UUUCUGUCUUUAUAUACGCCAAAUGUUUGGUCCAGUCCAGGAAUUGAAGGAAAAGAAGAAAAGAAACAAAACUAGAGGGAUUAAUUUCUGUCAAUUGUUUUUUCUUUGGAAUGCUCUCUUGGUCUUGUAGUGUACUCUUUCCCAAUGGCUGAUACUCAAAGAAUUCAUCCGGUUAAGGACCCCGAGGCGGCAACACCACAGACCGCCACUGCUCCGUUGGUUCCCCGAGGCUCUUUCCGCUCAGAUAAAGGCGAUCCGGCAGAACUAUAUCCACCAUUCCGCCGGACUAUCCCGUAUGCACCCUCAAAACCACCACCAAGGAAAAGUUGCUGUAGAAAGUGUUUGUGUUGGACCAUAUCCCUUAUCCUACUGCAAAUACUAAUCAUUGGCAUUUUGGCUGCAAUCAUAUACUUUGUAUUCCAACCAAAAAUACCAAAAUACUCGGUAGAUGCCAUGAGAAUAACUCAAUUCAAUCUGGGCAACGAUAACUCUCUCUCUGCGACGUUCAACGUCAAUAUCACUGCAAGAAAUCCUAAUGAAAAGAUAGGUAUAUACUAUGAAGGUGGAAGCCAUCUUAGUGUAUGGUACACUGGAACAAAACUUUGUGACGGUUCAUUGCCAAAAUUUUACCAGGGCCACCGAAAUACCACCUUGUUGAACCUUACCUUGAUGGGGCAGACGCAGGAUGCAAGCGGAUUACUUCAGUCGUUGGAGGCGCAACAGCAAACGGGAAAGAUUCCUUUGAGUCUUCGAGCCAAGGUUCCAGUGAGGCUGAAGCUUGGAAAACUGAAACUGAUGAAAUGGAAGUUCUUGGUGAGAUGCAGGCUGAUGGUAGACACAUUAUCUGCAGAUAAUGUAAUUAGAAUUAGGGAGAGUAACUGCAAAUUUAGAUUUAGGCUUUAAAUUUGAUUUAUUCUUCGUGUUAAUUAUGCCACAUCCAGCUUGGAGGAUGUUUUAUUUUUUUUUUAUUUCUAUUAUGUAUCAUGAUCAAAACUAUUCUCCAUUCUAUUACUGGUCAUUGGUUAUUAUAUCUGCUAUAAUACAUGAUGAUUGAUUACUUUA